CCAGCCCAGCAGAUAAUAAGGGAAAUGGAAACCCUAACCCGCUUUCUUCUCCCCGUUUUAUAGCUCAGCCGCAUUUUUCAAUCCCUUCCCAUCUCCGCCGCAGAGAACCGAAAUGGGUCGCGUCAUCCGAGCUCAGCGAAAGGGGGCGGGUUCGGUCUUCAAAUCCCACACCCACCACCGGAAGGGGGCGGCGAAGCUCCGCGCUCUUGAUUACGGCGAGCGGAAUGGCUACCUGAAGGGCGUGGUGACAGAGAUCGUCCACGAUCCCGGCCGCGGCGCGCCUCUCGCUCGCGUCUCCUUCCGCCACCCCUUCCGGUACCAGAAGCAGAAGGAGCUCUUCGUCGCCGCCGAGGGGAUGUACACCGGACAGUUCUUGUACUGCGGUAAGAAGGCCUCCCUCAUGGUCGGAAACGUCCUGCCUCUCGGAUCCAUCCCGGAAGGUGCCGUCAUCUGCAACGUCGAGCACAAGGUUGGUGAUCGCGGUGUCUUCGCCAGGGCCUCCGGUGAUUACGCCAUCGUUAUCAGUCACAACCCCGACAACGGCACUACUAGGGUUAAGCUUCCAUCCGGAGCAAAGAAGAUUGUGCCGCGCAGUUGCAGGGCCAUGAUUGGUCAGGUAGCAGGAGGUGGGCGUACUGAGAAGCCGCUUCUCAAAGCAGGCAAUGCGUACCACAAGUACCGGGUGAAGAGGAACUGCUGGCCUGUGGUUCGUGGUGUGGCCAUGAACCCAGUUGAGCAUCCCCACGGUGGUGGUAACCACCAGCACAUUGGUCAUGCCAGCACCGUUCGCCGUGAUGCCCCACCAGGGCAGAAGGUUGGUCUUGUUGCCGCCAAGAGGACUGGUCGUGUUCGUGGUCAAGCUGCGGUUGCUGCUGCUAAAGCCGACAAGGGUUCUUAGAUUGCAGGUUUAUUUAAGUUAUUAUAAUGUUGAGACGGCGGCUGUGUUUUUUCUGGGUGGGUUUCUUUCUUCUUGGCAGACUGUUUAUUGCUUGGUUUUCCUUGGAUUCAAAUGGCAUUAAGUUUUGGUUUAUGGAUUUCUGUUUAGAGAGUUUAAGCUUAUUUAAAUAUGCUGUGUUAUACCAAAAAAAAAGGAACAUACGUU